AUGAUUUCCUUAACUUUUUCUUCAAAUCUCUCCUAAUAUAGUUUAGAAAAAUUAUUGAAGCUCUUAAUUUCCGAUUUCUUUAAUCUCUCAAAAACAAUUUAAAGAAAAUGUUUCCUUUCCAACAAUCUGGUGAGCUGUCUUUCCAAACCACUGAUUUUGUUGGGGAGGAAGAACAAUUCAAUGUUGAAAAUCAGAUUUAUUGGACUGAUGUUGCAUCAGCAGAAGUAGGAAAUAUGAACACAAAUGUUGGCCUUGGCCAGGAUAAUAGAGAAAGAGUUCGAGGACGAGGACGAGGACGAGGUCGAAAAUCGACCUUUUCUCCUAAUAAUGUUAUAAGCAAUUGUAAUGAUAAUAGUGAUGAGCAGAAGAGGAAGACAAUCCACAAAGAAGUUGAGCGUCAAAGAAGGUUGGAAAUGUCUAACCUUUAUUCUUCCCUCCGUUCUACACUUCCUGCUGAAUAUACUAAGGGGAAGAGAUCUACAAGUGAUCACUUAGCCGAAGCUGUGAAUUACAUCAAGGACUUGGAAAACAAUGUAAAGGGACUUGCUGAUAAGAGAGAUCGGCUAAAAUCGGAAUCGGAAUGGACUGCUCCUACAUAUCAUGUGGGUGGAUCUAGCAAUCCUAGACAAUGCCGAGGAAGUGUAGAGAUUCAUCCAUGUGUAGGAGGACUCGAUAUAGACAUCAAUGUGAACUAUGACGACGAUAGCUUCUGUCUAUCAAGUGCUCUUCAAGUAGUUUAUGAGGAAGGACUUAGUGUUUCAAGUUGCACAUCAACCAAAGUCAAUGAAAAAAUUAUGCAUAAAAUAAUAUGCGAGGUGACAGACAUAUCAUGCAUAGAUUUCAGUCGGUUUCAUCAGAGAUUGAUUGAUCUUGUUAGCUAAUCAAAUGAUAAUUAGGUGUUACAUCACCUACUUCCAGGUUUGGCUUUCCUUAAAUGUUUAAUCAUUUGAUUGCUAUGAUAUAAACUGCUUGAGUUCGAUUGGAAAAAGCUCUGAUAUGUAACAAGAGUGUGAUUUUUAUGGUGUGGUGUACUGUCUCUAGGAGAUUAUGUUUGGUAUGUACAAAGAAGACCAAUCUAGCUGUGUGGUUCUUCAUGUAGCUAUGGUAGCUGCUAUAUGUAUAAGGUGAUAGAUUAUGGUACCUUAUAUGAUUGGGAUGUUAUUUUAGAUGGUUGUGAUGUUUGGAAAUCAAGUACAUAGAAAAGUACGUACUUGUUGUUAGUUAGUUAUGUAUUAUUGCCCUAAUAUCUUGUAGUGAUUAGAUCACCUGUUGUUUGAGCGUUACAUAGGGCUUCAUCUAUGUCAUAGUAGUUUAUUGUAUAAUUUUGAUUUAUGUUUUAGUUGCAAUCUGCUGGUUGAGUAUUCAGCAAGUUAGCUACCUAGGAAAUUACUCAUGAUUCCAUGGUAUAUGAUUAAUCAUAAUGAUCCUUUUGUUUUUA